AUGUCCCUGUACAGUUUUGCCAGUUGGUCAAGAAUCCAAGGCAGCAGGGAUGAUGACUGGGCAGACAGGGUCAGUCACCUGUGGACAGUUGGUGUCCUAGCAAUGUUCACACUUCUGGUCAGUUCAGUACAGUAUGUGGGAGAUCCUAUACAUUGCUGGUGUCCAGCACAGUUCACUGGUAGGUUGCUUCCUAUUCCGAACCUAAUAUGGAGAAUGCUUAAUAGCACUGGAGGACUAAACAUGGACCGAUUAGUUCAACUAGCAGAAAGCACCCAACUUGGCAAACCAGAAGACAGAGAGAAAAUCACGUAUCAGGUUGCCAAGUACCUGGACAGAUGGCUAAAAGCUCAUCGACAGUACCAUUAUAACCUCAUGGUGAGGCUGCGGCAAAGAUUUUCAAAUGUCUUCUGCUUUUGGUUCGCUAAAAGAGAAGGAAAAUUUUUGACAGGCUUUUAUCUCUUCAUCAAGGCCAUGUAUGCCACGAAUGUGAUUGGCCAGUUUUUUAUUUUAAACAACUUCCUGUCUAUGGAUUUUUCCUGGUUUGGAUAUGAAGUAUUGUACAAGCUAGUAAAAGAAGGAGAGUUCACAAGUUCACCACGAUUCCCUAGGAUUACAUUAUGUGACUUUGAAAUACGUCAACUGCAGAACCUUCAACGCUACACUGUUCAAUGCGUCCUGCCGAUUAAUCUUUUUAAUGAGAAGAUAUUUAUCUUCUUGUGGUUUUGGUACUUUCUCGUUGCUGUUAUAGCAACUGUGAGUUACCUCUCUUGGUUAUAUCAAGUGCUGAUUGGCUACAAUCGUUACCGUUAUGUGAAAAAAUACUUGAAAAUCGGUGACAACAUCAGGAAUGAAAAAGAUUCAAAAUUUGCCAGGAAGUUUGCAGAUGAAUACCUGCGAGACGACGGCGUGUUUAUUUUAAGAGUUAUCGCCAAGAACUCGUCAGAGCUAGUUGUGACUGACAUAGUGAACAGUUUAUGGGCCUUGUACAGGGACAACCCGCAUGCGGUAAAACCCAGCGACAAAAGGACUCGGGAACUGAAGCCAAAUGGGAAAGCUUUGGCUCCUACCAUGGAAAUGGAUGAGGAUGAAAUGGAUACACUGAAUAGCAGAUAA